CAACUCGCCAGAGGUAAUUCGUCGCAAAAACAGAAAAAUGCAGCUAUUUGCGGCCCAGACGCGCCCCGGCGGCAAAACAACGCACUCGCUGCGAGCAGGCCAACACCUACAAUCGAAGAGGAAACGAGACGAGGACGAUUGGGACGACGAGCAUGAGAUAGAUGGCCGCUCCCCGUCCCUAGACGCGGUCUCAUAUUCCUCCUCUCACGCGCACAAGACAGCCCAGCUGCGUGUCGCAGGUUUAUUGCCCGAGAAUGCGGCUGAAAUACCGCCCACGCCCUUUCCUCACGCACCGGCUCGCACUCCCAGCCAUCCUCUCAACGCGUCGAAACUCUGGAAGGGUUUGGCUGAGCUGGAUCCUCCACUAUUUGCUGUCAAUGCCACGUCAAACAGUUCUUUCGUUGGCGGUGUAAGCGAGCCGCUGGCAUCGCGGCAGAAACACCUAGGCCUACUGAGUGCAGUCAUGCAUCGCUGCUUGCUUGAGGGUGACUUCCACCGAGCCGGGAAGGCAUGGGGCCUCAUUCUACGAACCCAUAUUGCUGGUGUACCUAUUGAUCCCCGAAACCAUGGGCGCUGGGGCAUAGGCGCUGAGAUUCUGCUGCGUCGAGGCCACCGGCCAACCCAAAGUAAACUUGACAAUAAUGCAAAUGAAGAAUCCUCAUUCGGGGAAGAGUCCUUUUCAGAAGAAGGAUUCGAGCUCGCCAAAGAAUACUAUGAGCGUCUAAUAAUCCAGCAUCCUCACCGAAAACACAUAACUAACGUCAUCGAUGAACUUACCUUCUAUCCAGCCAUGUUUUCCCUCUGGAUUUAUGAAAUCUCGGAAAAGAGUGCUCGGAUGCGCCGAACCUUCGAGGAAAGCGAUCAAGGUAUGGAUGAUGGUAUCACGGGUUUAGAAGAGCGCCGCGCCCAUCGAUCUGCAAUCAUCGCAUAUGAGCUGCAACAUGCCAGGCAGAUCACUGCACGACUGGAUCAGCUCAUCGUAUCGCCACCCUUCGACAAGUCACCGGAUCUUUUGCAGCUUAGAGGGAUGCUUGCUCUUUGGAUUGGUGACCUCAUCCUGAAGAGCGAUGAACCACAUCAUGAUAAUGGUUCUUGGGACAACCUUUUGUUUGACGAGGAUCUCUCUAUGGAAAGCACCGAUCCCGGUAGGGAGCGACUGCAAAGGCUCAUUGAUAGUCGGAGAGAAUAUCGACAGGCGAUGGACAGCUUUGUUCGGGCGCAGGUCAAUGGCAGAGGACUCGGAGAUGUCCUGGCUAACACUGAGGAGAGGAUCCUUGACCUCUCGAGGAAGAUCGCGAAAUUCGAGCCGGAAUGACGCUGAACAACAGUAUCGACACUUGUAUUAGAGCGGACGUAUAUGUCAUGCUUAGGAAAGCAAUUGGGCUUCCACCUCCAUGCGGACAAGUGCUGAUUGAGGCUCACAUGGCGGACUCGGACGACCGCGUACCACAACCCGGAAUAACCGCAAAAUUCCUCCUUCUAAGCACUCCUCGCCGGAACUUUCCGUUGGAAUAGACACAACGUACAGCAUCAUGCCCUAGUGCUGGGAAUGCUAUGUAAAGGAUAUGAAGGCCUAUACAAUUGUUAAACGAUGUAAGAAUCCUCGCACAAUAAUCGUUAG